UUCGUUCCUUUCAUGGUCAUCAUUUCAACAAAACUUCACCGGAAAUGCGACAAAGACAUGUUCACUGAUUCUUAGGGGUGCGGUAGAAGUUUGGUGGAGACUUACCGGAGAGAGGCGAAAAAAAUGCCAGGCUUGACGGCUCCUUCAGAUUAUUCACAAGAUCCUCCGCGCCACCCAUCUCUCAAAAUUAAUUCUAAGGAUCCAUUCAAUGCUGAGCCCACUCGUGAAGCCUUAAUUUCAUCAUACGUCACUCCCGUGGAUUUUUUCUACAAGAGAAAUCAUGGACCUAUUCCAAUUGUUGAUGAUCCCGAAGGAUAUCGUGUUUCUAUUGGAGGUUUAGUGGAGAAAUCUGUAGAACUGUCUAUGGAUGAACUUAGAAAGCUUCCAAAAUACAACGUCACUGCCACUCUGCAAUGUGCAGGUAAUAGGAGGACUGCAAUGAGCAAAACACGGACCGUGAAAGGUGUUGGUUGGGAUAUUGCUGCUGUUGGAAAUGCAACCUGGGGAGGAGCAAAAUUGUGCGAUGUACUUGAGAUUAUUGGUAUACCCAAGUUAUCUGCCAUUUCAUCAUUAGGUGGGAAGCAUGUAGAGUUCACAAGUGUUGACAAGUGUAAAGAAGAGAAAGGUGGCCCUUACAAGGCAUCAAUUCCUUUAAGGCUGGCAACAAAUCCUGGAGCUGAUGUUUUACUUGCAUAUGAAAUGAAUGGCGAGGUCCUCAAUCGCGACCAUGGGUAUCCAUUACGCGUGAUUGUUCCCGGCGUUAUUGGUGCUCGCUCUGUUAAAUGGUUGGACAGAAUCAACAUAAUCAAAGAUGAAUGCCAGGGGUUUUUCAUGCAAAAGGAUUACAAAAUGUUUCCCCCUUCUGUUGAUUGGGACAACAUCGACUGGUCUACCAGGAGACCACAGAUGGAUUUCCCUGUCCAGUGUGCUAUUUGUUCAUUGGAGGAUGCUAAUGUAAUCAAUCAAGGAAAGAUCACUGUCGCUGGAUAUGCAGUUUCAGGUGGCGGGCGUGGUAUUGAACGAGUGGACAUAUCUGUUGAUGGAGGCAUGAAUUGGAUUGAGGCUCAGAGGUAUCAGAAGGAUACAUCCUAUGUUGCUGAUGAUGAUCACUACGCUGACAAAUGGGCCUGGGUUUUAUUCAAAGCUGUCGUCGAUGCUCCGGAGAAUGCUGAGGUCAUUGCUAAAGCGGUUGACACAGCUGCGAAUGUUCAACCAGAGACUGUAGAAGCCAUAUGGAACCUGAGGGGAAUACUCAACACAUCAUGGCAUCGCGUACGCGUGCAAAAAGCCUCACACAUAGUAAAAUCCAAUCUCUGAUGCUUUUUUCGCCAAGGAAAGAACACACCUGUUCCUCUCUCAUAUAUGCCUAUAAUAAAUUUAGUUGCGUCGUUAAAGUUUUCAGUCUGUUGUAUCUAUCAAUAUAUAUAUUGGCUAAUGCUUGUUUGUACUUAUUACCAGGAUUCUUUGAAGAAAUGAAUGCUUUGGUAAAGAUCUUAUUUCCUUCAUUUAUGAAUUGGGC